UUGAUUGUCCUCUCUUAGAUUACUUUAUUUGUGAAAUACCUCCAUUGCUAAACCGUAGGCUAGUUACCAAUUAAAUGUGUCAUCAUCUACAACUUUGCCAGAAGAGAAAGUGAACUACUAUUUAUUUAUACACUUUGUAUAGUAACAAAAGAUCUUAUUCUGGCGCUCGACUAUCAUGACAGUUGACCUUUCUCAAAAAAAUCAUCAAUAUAAGAUCUCUCGAAAAUGAUAACUUUUGCCGUUGUCGUUUUAGGUCAUUGUUCAUCUGCUCGACAAAGCAAUGUACAAGGCCGACUCCUCUAUCUUCAGGAACAUUAUGAAUUUGCUCUUUAUGAGGUCAAAGUGAACAAACCAGUUCAUGACCGUGUGCGUUCUGGUCAAGAUGUUUUCCGACUUGGAAGAGAUGAAAAUCUAGAUCUAAAGAUAACCCAUGGUAUGGUGGCCUAUGAUAUUCCAUCCUGGUAUGAGAGAUGCCACUACAUGUAUUUUUCUCGUGAUCCCUCUAGUAGGCUAUUGCUUAAUGAUGAUGGAGGGCCGAUCAUUGAUUUAGAAGGGAAGGUUGUGGGUCUAGUUAACAACCAUAUUAAUGAGACUUUCGUACCUUCGUCCAUAUUGCAUAAGUGCUUGAAUUUCUGGAGAAGAUUCAAUUGUAUGCCUCGCCUCCACCUUGGAAUGACUUUUACUUCAAUCAAACAUUUAGAUCCAAUCUCUAUUGAGAGAAUGACUCGUCAUCAUAAUGGUCUUAUUGUUGAGCAGGUGUCUAAAGGAUCACAUGCCGAGAAAAUUGGAAUUCGCGGGGGUGACAUUAUUGAAAGCUUUAAUGGAAAGUACAUUUCAACAACAAUUGAGGUAUGUGUAUUGUGUAUUUACUGAAUUUUCUAAUUCAUCUUAGAUUAAUCUCCCACAUCCUAUAAUCGGUAGCAAGUAUUUUGUGUUCCUAAUUAAAUAAUUGAAAUAAUGAUGUGCCUGGAUAGACAAACUUUCUGCAUGGAUGGUUAUUCUCAUCAAAUGGAUCAUGCCAAACCCAUUGGUCAAGCCCAAAGGUAACCUCGCGGUGCUUGGCAUCUUAGUACUGAGCCUUCCCAGACUGAAUUCCACUACAAAGUGGAAGUAGCAUGAUGAUCCGAUGAUGUUGAGGGAUCAUGGACAAGCGUUGCUCCAGCAAAUACUUUAGACUGUAGUGCUUAUCCGCACUCGAAACAUGUACCCCAGAGAUAUGGGUGUCAAUUAAUGGCGCACUAGAUUUACAAUGCCAAUCAACUCUUGUUCUUAGGAAACAAGCUUGGCAUGGCAUGGGAAUAUAGGGCGGCUGAAGAAGGCUACAACCCCGUCGCCUUGGUGUAGGGCAACCCCAAACACAUACCAAAAGCGUCACAA